UUUUAACAUUUUGUUAAGAUGUUAAUUUCAUGUAUAGAUGUGUGUGUGUGAGAGAGAGUUUACGUAAAUAUGAGUUAAGUUAUAUAAAAAUUACCAAUGUGACACUGCUUUCAAUUGUAUAGUACUGCUGCGAUUACAUAUUAUUAUUAUUAUUGUUUUUAUUACGACCCGCCAUCGUCAUGUUGAUCAGUCAAAAAACAUCAAAUUUAUGCUUUCCUGAUAAAUCUUCAUCAAUGAAUUUAUCAACCCAAUUGAAUAAUCCAAUCAUUCUUAAUUCAAACCCUAUGGAAUCCCUUGAUAAAAACAAUCAUGAUAAUGGUGAUGACGAUGAUAAUGAUGAUGAUGAUGAUGAGGAGGAGGAGGAGGAGGAAGAAGAAGAAGAUGAUGAUGAUGAGCCAAAAUCAUUCAAUGUAGAAACAUGUAAAUCACAAUUUAUAUUCAAUCGAAAUAGACAUAAUUCUAAUGAAUUGAAUACAUCGAAAUCAUCAAUUUCACCAAUGUUAUCAACUUUACCCAAUAGUAGUACAGUGUUUAGAUCUUCAUCUCACUUAACACAAUCAAAUAUACAUCUACAAUCAUCAUUACCAUUACUAACCCCAACAUCAUUAUCAUUUCCAAUUCCAUCUGUUCCUCCGUUACCAAAUUCAUUAUUUUGUAGAAAUUCUACAUCAUUCUAUUCUACUUUAAUGAAUCGAAUAGAUUCAGAUCAAUUAAAUGUUUUAAUGAAAAUGUUAAAUGAUACAGUUACAAAUGGUUUAUUAAAUAAUAAUACAUCAAAUUUAUCAUUACCGCCUACAACAGCAUUAGAUACUGCAACAUUACAAUCAAUGUUUAAUAGCGCCAUGUUUAAUACGGAAUCAUCAGUACCAGUGAAGUUUGAUUCAAUGGAACAUUUUAAUAUUGGUAAUCAUAUACAUAAUAAUGAUUUGAAGAAUAAUUGUAAUUCACAAAAUGAUUAUUAUCAACAUUAUCUCCGUGAUCGAUGGGAUUUUCGAUAUUGUUUAAAAGAUUAUUUGAAUGAUCCUACUAAUUGGCCAGAUCAUAUUGAUAUUACUAAUAAUAAUGAUAAUAAUAAUAGUAAUAUAUUACUUAUGAUGUUAAUGAUGAUGUUUAUGAAAAGAAAUAUGGAUUCUCUGAUGUCAACAUCUAAUCCACUAAAUAAAUCACCAACAUUAUCAUUAUCAUAUGCAUCUAGACCCUUUACUUCUUCACCAUCAUCAUCAUCAUCAUCUAUGAUGUUGACAACAUCAUCGCCAUCGUUGACAAAAGGACUUACAACGAUGAUGACGACGACGACAACAACAACAACAACAACAACAGUAAAUCAAUUUAUGGAUGAUCAUAUAUUACAUUGUAACAAAUCUAGUCAACUUCAUUAUAAUUUGUUACAUAAUCCGAAUUAUUUAAACACUGAAGAUGGAUUGAAAAAAUCUAUGAAAUGUAACAUAGUAGAUGAUCAAGGCAACUUAAGAUUUAAAUUCAAUCAUUUAAAUGUAUUCCCAGAGAAAUUAACUUUUCAUGAUAUCAUUGAUUCAACUGGUAAUAAUAAAAAUACUACUAUGAUUAAUACUACUAAUACUACUAAUACUACUACUUAUAAUAAUGGUAAUGGUUAUCAAUCAUCUAAUCCAUAUAUUAUGAAUGAUUUAUUAGAAAAUGAAUCAGAUCAAAUUGAUUCAUUAGUUCAACGAACUGAAUUAUUAGAUUCUGAUUUAUGGAAACAUUUUCAUAGUAUGACUACUGAAAUGGUGAUUACAAAAUCAGGACGUCGAAUGUUUCCAUCAUUUAAAGUACGUGUUACUGGAUUAGAUAGAAAUGCGAAAUAUAUUAUGUUAUUAGAUAUUGUAUCACGUGAUGAACAUCGAUAUAAAUUUCAAAAUGGUAAAUGGACAAUUGCAGGUAAAGCUGAUCCAGAACCAUGUCGUAAACCAUAUAUACAUCCAGAUUCUCCAACAACUGGUGAAGAAUGGAUGCAUAAACCAAUUUCAUUUCAUAAAUUAAAAUUAACUAAUAAUGUAGCUGAAAGACAAUCAUUUCAAGCUGUACUCAAUUCAAUGCAUAAAUAUAUACCAAGAUUUCAUAUUGUUCGUGCAGAUCAUUUAAAUAAAAUGAAUAUGUCCAAUUUUGUUACAUUUAUCUUCGAUGAAACUGAAUUCAUCGCUGUAACCGCUUACCAGAAUGAACGAAUUACUCAAUUAAAGAUUGAUAAUAAUCCAUUUGCUAAAGGAUUUCGAGACAAUGGUAGUGGACGUCGUGAAAAGAAAGGUUUACGAUUACGUUACAAACAGACAAUAAAUUCUACUGAUCCUUAUCAUGAUCUAGAUGGUAUUGAAAGGAAUAUAUUGAAAAAACGUUCAACGGAUUUAUAUGGAACACAUGAAAAUAUUAAAUUUUCAUUUCCAAAUUCAAUUAAUCAUCCACUUAGUACAGAUCGAUUAUCAUUAUUACAUAAUAAUCAUCAUAAUCAUCAUCAUGGAUUAGAUAUAAAAUGUUCUUCAUCUUCUCAUUGUUCUUCGAUAUCUACUUCAAUGUGUAAUACAUCUUCAUCGAUUAUAUCAACAUCGAAUCAAUUAUUUUGUGGACUAUCUAAUUCUUUAUCUUAUACUUCAUCAGAUCAAUUCUCAUCGUAUUCAAUUAACAAUUUGCAUCACUAUGGUAGUAGUAGUAGUAGUAAUAAUAAUAAUAAUAAUAAUCAUAAUGGUAAUAAUAACAAAUCAAUUGAUUCUUUACCAUCAUUAUCAUUUUGUAAUUUAUCAGAUAGUAAAUUAUCUACUACAAAAGAUUUAUCAUCUCCAUCUUUAUCAUUACCUUAUCCAUUUUGGUCAAGAUAUUUGGAUCCAACAUCAUUGAAUUCAACGUUGAUAUCAACAAAUCUACCACGAAGUCAACAUACAGUACAUUACUGUCCAAAAAUAUCUAAAUCACCAUCCUCCUCCUCCUCCUCGUCAUCUUCAUCAUCAUCAAUUGAAUAUUCUUUUAAUAAAAUACAAAAUAAUCAUUCCAUAGAAUUUCAACGUCAACAUCAACGACAACAACAAUUUAUGGAUAAAACUGAUAGAAUACACGAUAUAAAUGAAAUGUCAUCUGCAACAAAUAAUUCUUUUAAUUUACCAUCUUCAACAGUAACAGUUCAAUCAUUGUCAUCAAAGUCAACAUCAUCAUUAACAUCAGGAUUAUCAUCUCCGUUAGUAGGAACAUCAUCAGUCAUCACUGUUACUACCAACACCACUACGACGACAAUGACAACAACAUCAACAAUGAAAUCAAGUCAAUCAUUACCAUAUUCAACAUUAACUACAUCUGUUUUCGAUAGAAUAUCUGGAUUAACUGGAGGAACAGGAGAGGGAAUAACAGAAUUACAACUCUUCUCAGAUAAUUUAAAACGUAAAUAUGAUGAGAUGAAUAGAUAUUCUCGAGAACAUCGCAAUUCAUUACAGAAUCAUAAAGAUUUAAAUUCAUCCAGAUUAUGCUGUUCGCCUAUCAAAAAACAAUAUAUUCAAAAGACCAUUUCAACAAAUAAGGAAUCCGAAUGCUUCAAUGAAAAUGAAUAUAACAACACUAUUAAAAGUUCUAAUCAAACCCUUAUAAAUGAUCAAUUUUAUUGUACUGAAAUAAAAUGUAAACAUGAAUUCAAUCAUUCAUUAUGCUGUAAUUGUCCUAAUUCAUUGCCAAUAUUAUCUCAUGACAAUGAUGUAAUCACUUCAUCAAUAACCCCAUCAACAUCAUUAACAUUUAUGAAUUCAUCUAAACGUAGUUUCAAUAUAAGUUGUUUAUUAGAAUAA